AUGUACUCAGAGGCCAUUAAGUUCCUAAAUCAAGGUGGUGCCGCACCCAGCCUUCGACUGUGUUGGGCUGGUUUCCACAGCAAAGUACGAGGUGAGCUUAGCGCCAAGGAGCUCCUGUACCAGGCGCUCGACUUCAACACGUCACGGUCGCAGAUGGCGACGCCUUUGGCACUUACGACACGCAAGCUUGAGCCGAUUGUCCAGUUUCAGGAGAUUCUCACGACUAUCUUUGAUGGUUGUAUUGCUAACUUGAGCGACAGCACGGGAUGGAAUGACUGCAUGAGCUUUCGUACACUGGCCAAGGUGCUUUUUAGCGUUGGGAGCCUUGGAAGCGAAGCUCAGAUGGCAGCCUGCAUGCAGAUCAAUGUUGUGGAUAUAGAAAUCUACAAGCGCGGAAAUACCCUAGCCCCGGACCUUGACAGUGCUACGGAGAAUGGAGAGACGGUUGACUCGAAUGAAAUGCCUCACUGCAUCCCGAAGAGCGAGCAGACGGUCCCCUUCAUCAGCACCAAGACUACGACAUCCGGCGCUUCUCUUUCUGAAGACACUACCUCCAACAACGGAGAAGCUAAGUCGCCGUCUGCGCCGUCCGCGCAGGAAAUUAAUCAGUCACAUACCGAGCCGAGGCUGACCGAGUCAGACCGCACCAUUAGCCGGAUCUGGAAGGUUGAAGGAGAAUCCACUCGGGCGUCAUCGCCUGAGUCCGUAGCAUUCUCUGUCAGGGACUCACAAGCAGAAUUGAACCAAGAGCGAGACGAGGAUACUGACACGAGUAUUAUCUGCUCUGAGUGCGAUAAAGUUGUGUCCAGCGGGAAGCAGGAUAGCACGUAUAUCUGCCUCUACUGUAUCGAGGCGGACCUCUGGGGCGAGUGCUUUGACAAGAGGGCCCGGCGGCAGAAGGGCGAGCUGGAAGUGGCCUGGAGGACGGUGUGUCCAAGGGGACGCAAGCAAACCAAGGCGCUGAUUGAGGGAUGGGGCGGAGUUAAUAACGGUGUCAUCACGAUGGGGGAGGAGAAGAUUUCCUUCAAGGAUUGGCUGAAGGAGCUCAAGGAUGUGAGGUGGCCGAAUGCCUGGAAGGCGUUUUGGGCUGAGGAGCUGGGAUAA